UUUGGCGGGGGGUAGGGGGGUUGAAUUCAUUCUCGACAAAAACUGAAUAUACGUCGUUGUUAUUCAUUAAUAGGUCUACGUUUACUGUACGCCCAGAUGUUUGGAUACAGGUUAUUUUGUUCUGCACUUUGAACAACGGCCACCGAAGUUAGUACGCUAGAAUAGAUCAUGUGACCGCUCCGUGAUUCUCAGGGCUGUUGGUUUAUAUUUGUAAAAGGGUUUUGCAUUCGGCAGAAAACCACUCCGUUAUCCCAUGAAGUUUACUUCUUGCGCAUAGUGGAAUUUCAGACUAUUUAAAAACAUGCAGUUGCGAAUUCGUAAGUACCAGGACCCUGACAAGGAGACGGUCAGGUCCCUGUUUUCCCAAGGCAUACAGGAACACAUCAGGCCAAGUUUUAAGAAUGCUAUGAGCAGCCCGCUCUACCUGUGCUUCUCCCUGGGUCUGGGCGUCACUGGCUACCUCCUGGCCUCUGGUUUAGGAGCCCUUGUGCUUGUGUCUGGCUGGGCGGGCCUAGUCUACUACUGCUGCCACAAGUUGUAUGCUGACUAUGUCAGGGGCAGGCUGCAGGCGGACAUGCAGGACAUACAGGCGAGCUACAUGGCCCAGCCAGACGACUGCUUCUGGGUGGCAGAGACUGUUGCCACAGGGAAGGUGGUGGGUAUGGUGGCUGUGGUGGCCAAGAAGAACGGUGCAGAGAGGUACGGCGAAUUGUUCAGAAUGAUUAUAUCGUCUGCGACACGCCGGACGGGCCUUGGAUCCAGAAUGACUCAAGCAGUCCUGGACUUCUGCAAGCAGCAUGGGAUGUCCAAGGUUAUUUUGGAGACCUCCUCCACUCAAACGGCUGCCAUUGCCCUGUACCAGAAAUUGGGGUUUAAACAUGUCCGCUCAUAUACUAAAACACAUGUCGCUAAUUGGAUGAUGAAGAUAACUAGAGUUACUAUUGUAGUCAUGGAAAAAUCUAUAUAGAACUGUGAAAUAUAAAACGCUGAUCGUGUUAAAUGUCACUCCAUAUAAUUUUAGACUAUCAUUUUAUAAAUGUUAAUGUAUGGUCCCUUCUCAUAAACAUAACACUUGUGUAUGCAUUAAGUGUAAUAUGUUUAAGUGUAAUAUGUUUGUAUUGUCAAGUGUCAAGCGUUUAUGAGCACUUCUGAUGACAAUAUAAAAAUUGUAUUUUUGUCAAUGAACACUCCCACAAAGCUAAAUGUAAUCGUCUAACAUAAAGUUAUAAUACAAUAAUAUAUUAUGUUACAAAGCUUAUUUGAUUACAUUGUAUGUUAUUUGCUCAUUUAUGAGUCACAUUUUGUUAUAAUAAAGAAUAUACUUAUAUUUACUGA